GUAUUUUCACUUGUCCCGUUUUGCAGGCGAUAACGUUGCUGUCGGCGAUCAGCAUGAUUUCGGCGCAAUGUCUGACAGAAGACGAUGUUCCCUCGAUGAUGGACCCGACGUCGAGGGUGUCGCUAAUGGGCGCCCGCUUUGACUUCGCGCUCGACAGUUUGAAAAAGACCGCGUUGAUCGAGUCGAGGGACAACAUCUUCUUCAGCCCGCACAGCAUACACCAGGCGAUAACGCUGGCGUACUUCGGCUCUCGCGGCACCACCGAGGCGUCCCUGAAGCAAGCCCUCCGAAUUCCAAAUGAGCUCACCAAAGUCGACGUGCAACGUUCCUACGCCAUCGAGAGAUCGCUCAAUCAAGUGGGUUCCCAGAUGAGUAAGUCUAUAGAUUCCUACGAUUAUCAAAUCGCCAAUAGAUUUUGGGUUACGAACUCCAAGAUGCUGCGCGAGUGCAUGCUCGACUUCUUCGGGGAUCAGUUGCAAGUGACUGAUUUCCGUACAAAUCCCGCCGAGGUGAGGGAUGAGAUCAACAAUUGGGUUGGCAACAUGACGAAGGGCCACAUUCGCGAUCUCCUGCCGCCGAACAGCAUCAUGGAAGAUACCGACUUGGUUCUGGUGAACGCGGUUUACUUCAAGGGCCUGUGGGCCCAUCGUUUCGACCCGAAGAAUUCCAAGCGCGAUAUCUUCUACUCUUCCGGCUCGCAAAACUCUGUCACCACUUUCAUGCGUCAGAAAGGCAACUUCAAUCACGCUGUCUCCGAAGAGCUAGGCGCGUAUGUCUUGGAACUGCCCUACAAGGGCGAUGAGAUAUCAAUGUUCGUGCUGCUUCCUCCGUUCUCCACCGCGCGAUCUGACCAGAAUCCUUCCGACGAGCCGCAGGACGGCAUCCGCCAGCUGGUGGAGCGUAUGGCCACGGAGAAGGGGUCCCGAGAGCUGCGCGAGCUGUUGGACGACGGGUUGCCGCCGCGCGAGGUCGAGAUCAGCCUGCCGCGCUUCGAACUCGAGCGUGAGCUGCCGCUCAACCAGCUGCUGUACGCCCUCGGCGCCGGCGAACUGGUGACACCCGACAUGGCCGAUCUGCGCGGCUUCGUCGCGGACGGCGAGCAGACUCUGCACCUCGGUGACGCCGUACACCGGGCCCGUAUCGAGGUGACGGAGGAGGGUACCACCGCGGCCGCGGCCACCGCGAUCUUCACCUUCCGCUCCAGCCGACCCACCGAACCCGCCGUCUUCAACGCCAACCACCCGUUUGUUUACCUGAUCUACAACAAGGCUGAGCACACCAUUCUUUUCACCGGCAUCUUCCGCACACCCGGCGUAUCGCACGCGUCGCAGCCCCUAACUCCCGGUGCUGUUUAGAUGGAGUUUACCCCCCCCCCCCCCCCGUGUCGUUUAGGAGAAACUUAUCCUCGGGAAGAGUCGAGCGGUGAAUGAUGCGCCAAGGGUUGACAAAAAUUCACCCUUCCACUUGACUAGUUGACACCAUAUUUGACAGGAUCUGUUUCUCGCGUGGCGUUGAACGAUUUUUGUUGACCGGAGAACGGUUGGUCCUUUGGGCCCUUGCGAAACCGACGUCGAUUUUUAAGCUCGCGAACUUUCGACGGGCCGAGGAAAAAGGGCCUACCACUUUCCCGCGAUUUUCCGAGCGGAGUCUGUUGCAUGAAUCUCAUUAAUUUAUUCUCGUAUUGAGGCUUUUAUACUUUUUGUGACGUCUUAUUUUUAAAGUUAGAUAAAGACGAGUGUGAAAACCAAACACAAAUUUACACGUAAAGACGUUGACGUUUAUUUCUCGACGAUUCUGUGUUAUAGAUAGUGAAUCUCGACGAGCGAUGAUUUCGACUUGAAACAGUUGUUUAACGAAUGGUUUUUCUUCCAACCCGAAAAAUCAAUCACUCUAAUGUGUCCGGAUAAAAUCCUCAAAAUUGUAAAGGAAUGCGGAGAUUUAUGUAAUGAGAAAAUGAAUAAAGGGGCUUUUAAAUAUA